AUGGUGAAAGCAGUAAUCGGAGAUGAAACCCAACUAAGUUUAGCAGAGGAUCGUCUCAGCCAAUCCGGUCUCACCUCUCAGGUGGGUUUGGUGAUAGGCAAACUCAGCUCCAAGUUAGACCGUGGCUUCAUUUUCGAUUUGGUCCCCACCCCACCAAAUGAUGCAGGAGAAUCAGCCUGUUCACUCCUCGAAACCACCAAAGAUGACAACAAGAAAAAGGGUUCCAAAUCUAAAUCACAACCCGCCCUUGAUUCUUCUACCUUGGCCAUCGACUCCGAUUGGGUCGCUGAACAUUCCCGUCAGGUUUCGAGAAUGUUAGUGGGUGGCAUGAAGGUUAUUGGUGUUUAUGUUUGGGUUAGUGAUAAUGCUUUCAAGAAUUCAACUAUUACUCUUUGCCAGCUUUUACAGACAGUCAAGGGAGUUGCAGAAGCUGCACCUAUUACCCAAACUGAUUGGGAUGAGAGAUUGCUUAUUCAUAUAUGCUGUAGUCCAAGGAGGUGGACUUGCCGAAAUUGUGUGCUGUCUUCGAAUAUCACAUCAAGUAGUAUGCGGCCUUGUGAUUUUAAAAUGGGAAGGGUCUUAAGUUCCCUUCAGAUGUUUAGGUGCACAUACAACUUUGAACUCAGAUUGCCUAUAUGUCAUGAGAGUGCAUCAAAUGCCCAAACAUUGAGUUCAAUUCUCCGUCAUGGAAUUUCUCUACAUGCUAAAGAGCUGAGGGAUGCAAAGGCUAUGAUUGAUGGAAAUUUGGUAGGUGGCGAAGAGCUAUGCACAGCUGAUGGUACACAUGAAGUGGAAUUGCUCCUACCAUUCAUGAAGAAUUCUUUGGUUGAAGCAAGCAGCCAGAAGGACGUUGUUGGUGUUCUUGUCUUUGGUGGAUCUGUGUGCUCUUAUGCUUACUCAAACUCAAAAGAACCAGUUAUGCAGGCUGUUUCUGAUAUAAAGGAUGAUAUCAUCAGGAGUCUUCAAAGCAGACUUGAUUUAAUCUGUGAUGAAGCAGAUGAAGAUCCGGAUCCUAUUGACAAUGAUGGCAAUGAUUUGAGCAAAGAAAAACUUCCUGAAAAACCUGUUUCAAGACUUGUCUUGAGCUCAUUGAGGAGAACAUGCUUUCUUUCAUUUCCUCGAAGAGUCUUUGUUCCCUGGUUAGCUGGUACAUUUAUCUGUGACUACCUGCAACCAUCUGAGACACUUGAGGUUUUAAAAGAACAUUGCAUUGAGUUGAUGUCUAUGGAAGUUCCAACAGAUUCCUCAACAUAUCUGCAACCAGAAGUAGAAGCUCCAUCGCUGAUCGCUAAAUCUUUCUGGGAUGUUGCAGUUCCUGGCCAUUUUGCAUCUGGUUCUUCUUUAGAGAAGAGUAGACAAGUUGACAUGAAUGUGGAAAGGGACCGGCAAUCUAAUCAGCCAUUUAACUUAAAUGUCUUGGCUGCUGUUUUCUUCCUUCUCCUUGCAAUCUUGGUUGGAUUUGUUCUUGUCAGGCAAAAAUAG